CACUUCUUUCUAGAAAAGCCAACUAAUCACCUCGAGUAGUGCCACCCUACUUUUCCUUCUAUAUAAAUAAACACAAAAACCCUAGUUUUUCUUUACGCCACCACACAGAACAAAGAGAGCGAGCUUCAGAACAAGCUGCUGUGGAAGUCUCUUUUCUCUUCUUGGGAAAGUUUUUCCAAGAAGAAACAGCUUCUUCUACAGCAGCAACACCAACAAAAUAAGUUGUUAAUAGCUGUUGGAUCAAAUAAUAUUAUCAGAUGGCUCGCUCUCUCACUCAGGCUAAGCUUCUUGCUGAGUCCAUUGCAGAUGGUUUUUCUCUCUUUAUCAAUCGGCGGGGUUAUGCGGCUGCAUCACAUGCCUCAGUGUCGGCAAGCUUAGCUAAUGGAGGAGGGUCUAGUAGUAGUAAGAGUAGAAUCCUGAUGAGUAAAAUAGAAGAGAGGGCUUCGAUGAAAGAAGAUUGUGGGGCCUCUUCAGCAUGGGCCCCAGACCCAGUUACUGGUUACUACAGGCCCAUUAAUCAUGCAGCGGAAAUUGAUGCAGUCGAGCUUCGAAAUCUGCUGUUGAACCACAAGGUGAGAGCACACUAAAAGCCAUGGAGGUCACUGAUCACAUGUGGUUUUAUCAGAGGAUUCUGUGCUGCCCUUUGGACUUAAUUGUGUUACCAUUUCUGACUGUGUCUGUGGUAUUGCACCUUUGUUGAAUUAUCUAUGGCAAUGAGUGACUAUCUAGUACGUACUGUCGUUUCAGUUAUUUACAUGGAGAAGUAAACCAGUUACUGUUUAUGUAAUAAUAAUGAUGAUGUUCCUCGUCUUUUAUUUUA